UAAAUCUCCCUCGUCAAUGUUUUCUAACGUUUCUCUUCUUUUCUCACUCAGUGUCACUUCUUCACCGCCAUGAAUGCUAUAGCCACUGCUUCUGCUCUCUCUCUUCCGAUUUUUCUUAGAGCUGGGAAGCUUGACACCAAAAGGGAUUUGAAAGGUAGAUUUAGAGUGUUUGCUGUAUUUGGAGAAGAAGAGAAGAAAAAUGCAUGGGGUGCGCUUUUUGAUGUUGAGGAUCCGAGAUCUAAGUUUCCACAGAAUAAAGGGAAGGUUUUGGAUAUAUCUCAAGCACUAGAAGUGGCAAGACAUGAUAUUCAGUACUUAGAUUGGCGAGCUCGGCAAGAUGUGCUAACAAUCAUGCACCUCCAUGAAAAGGUGGUCGAAGUUCUUAAUCCUCUAGCUCGCGAAUAUAAAUCAAUUGGCACCCUGAAAAAGGAGCUAGCCGAGUUGCAGGAUGAAUUAGCACAAGCACACACACAGGUUCAUAUAUCUGAAGCAAGGGUUACCACUGCUUUAGAUAAACUUGCUUACAUGGAAGAAUUGGUAAAUGAUAGGCUGUUGCAAGAUCGAAGCACGACUGAUGUUGCCCAAACAUCCUCUUCUCCCAGUACUUCUGCAAAUUCUUUAGUUACAGAAAAGAGAAGGCAGCCACGGAAAAGCUUGAAUGUAUCGGGUCCAGUUCAGUCAUACCAUCCCCAUUUGAAGAAUUUCUGGUAUCCUGUUGCUUUUUCUAAUGACCUAAAGGAUGAUACCAUGAUCCCAAUAGAAUGUUUUGAGGAACCAUGGGUUAUCUUUCGAGGGAAAGAUGGGAAGCCUGGAUGUGUGCAGAACACCUGUGCACAUAGAGCCUGCCCUCUGCACCUUGGUUCAGUAAAUGAGGGUCGUAUCCAAUGUCCCUACCAUGGCUGGGAAUAUACUACUGAUGGAAAAUGUGAGAAAAUGCCAUCUACUCGACAGCUAAAUGUGAAAAUAAAGUCAGUUCCAUGCUUUGAAAAGGAGGGAAUGAUCUGGAUUUGGCCUGGCAAUGACCCCCCAGCAGCCACACUUCCAUCUAUACUACCUCCUUCUGGAUUUGAAAUCCAUGCUGAGAUUGUGAUGGAACUUCCAAUUGAACACGGUUUACUUUUGGACAAUCUUUUGGAUCUUGCACAUGCCCCUUUUACUCACACCUCAACAUUUGCUAAGGGAUGGAGUGUUCCCAGCUUGGUGAAUUUUUUGACACCUGCAUCUGGCCUGCAAGGAUACUGGGAUCCCUAUCCUAUUGAUAUGGAGUUUCGACCACCUUGCAUGGUACUAUCAACCAUUGGAAUUUCAAAGCCUGGGAAACUGGAGGGACAAAGUACCAGGGAAUGUUCAACGCACCUGCACCAACUUCAUGUCUGCUUACCAUCUUCAAAACAAAAGACAAGAUUGCUAUACAGAAUGUCACUGGAUUUUGCUCCUCUGCUUAAGCAUAUACCUUUAAUGAAAUAUCUAUGGAGGCAUUUUGCAGAACAGGUUUUAAAUGAGGAUCUACGGCUAGUGGUGGGGCAGCAAGAGAGAAUGAACAAUGGUGCAAACGUAUGGAAUUUCCCAGUAGCCUACGACAAGCUUGGGGUGAGAUACAGAAUGUGGAGAGAUGCAUUGGAGAGAGGAGCCAAACAACUACCAUUCUCACCACAACACAUAGAUUAAGUACAGAGUGAACAAUUUUUAUUUUCUUUUUCUCUCACUCAGUGAUGCUUCUUAAAUCCUUCGAUAAGGAAUUUUUCUUUUUUCAACUCAAGGCUUCAUCAUCUCUACAAGAGCUUCCGGAAACUGUUGUAUUCAUCAGAGGCUGUUCCUUUCCCUAUAAUAGUCGAGUCUUGACACCUUUUCACCCUUUUUUCAUUUUUUUUAAAUGUGUACAGUUUCAAACCAUUUUUUUCCCCUUGUGAUAUCUGCACCAUCUCUCAUCUGGUGCCUUAACCUUACCCUUAUUCAAAGGGGAAUGUUGUCUGACACAAUAUUCAGGGCAAUGUAAUUUAAUUCAGAAUACCUGAUUGGUUUGGGUUACAACUUCAGACUUUUAUAUAUUUUCAAUUGUGUUUGUUAGGAAUGAAUCCAAGGUUUUAAAUGAU